AUGGCCACCCCUGCCAUGUCCAAGACCUCGCUGCAGUGCCCACGACCCCCUUGCCGCACCCAGACGGGUUCCCCGGGCUACCCCAAGCCCGAUGCUGGCUCAGAUGCCCCAGGGCGCAGCUCCGGGGUCAUCAGCCCCGGCGCCGCAGCCGCCCCGCCGGUGGCCCCGCUGCUGAAGCCGCCGCCGGUGCCGGUGCGGCCGCCGCCGGGGGGAGCGUCGCUGCCCGGUGGGUCCCCGGUGGCGGCGGGGGCGGCCCCGCCGGUGGCCCCGGCGAUCCAGUGCCCGCCGUGCUCGGAGGAGCGGCUGGCGCGGUGCAAGGCGCCGCAGGGCUGCGCGGAGCUGGUGCGGGAGCCGGGCUGCGGGUGCUGCGCGACCUGCGCGCUGCCCCGCGGAACCCCCUGCGGCGUGUACACCGCGCGCUGCGGAGCGGGGCUGCGCUGCUACCCGCCCCGCGGAGAGCCCCGGCCCCUCCGCACCCUCAUGCACGGCCAGGGCAUCUGCACCGACCUGGCCGACGUCGAGGCCAUCCAGGAGAGCCUCCACCCCCCAGAGAAGGAGGAGAUCGACCACCCCAACAACAGCUUCAGCCCCUGCAGUAUCCAUGACCGCAAGUGCUUGCAGAAGCAGCAGGCGAAGAGGGUCAACAAUGGCAACAAGAUGCGCAGCAGCGGGAGCCCUCACCACCGUGAGGACACGCGGCCCAUAGCACAGGGCUCGUGCCAGAGCGAGCUGCACCGGGCACUGGAGCGGCUGGCGGCCUCGCAGACCCGCACCCACGAGGACCUGUACGUCAUCCCCAUCCCCAACUGCGACCGCAACGGCAACUUCCACCCCAAGCAGUGUCACCCGGCGCUGGACGGGCAGCGCGGCAAGUGCUGGUGCGUGGACCGCAAGACUGGGGUGAAGCUGCCGGGCUUCUUGGAGCUGAAGGGGGACUUGGACUGUCACCAGCUGGCGGACAGCAUGUGAGCGUGACCGCGGCAGCCCCGCGCCGAGCGGCUGCCAGGGACAGCAGGAGAGGGGCCGUGAGCGCCGAGCGGGGCCCUGGUGCCGGGGCACCCCGGGGUGCACUCUGGACUGUGCUGCUCUGUGCCAUGGGCUGCCCACGACCUGCGCCAUGACCACUACCCGCCACUGCUGGGGAUCCUGGCACGCGCCAGCGGCCCCUCCAUCCCACAGGGACACAGCUUGGACCAUGCUGCCCCGGGGCUGGUGUUGGCCUGCCCUGGUGGGGAGCACCCUCGACGCUGCUGCUGGUGCCCCAUGGUGCCCCCCCGGUUUUCACCCCGGCCCCUUGGGCAGCCCUCGACACCGUGGGGUGCUGUGGCAGACCAUGCAUGCCAGACCUCUGCAUGGGCAGCAGGAGAAGUGCCUCAUCCUGCCCCUCCCAGCAGCAAGAGGCUGCCUAGGCAAGGACCGGGGGGCAUGGAGAGACCCCCCCACUGCCUGCCCUCCCUGCCUGCAUCUCGCCCAAAGUGUGUGUGUGUGAUGGGCAGUGCGGCCACACAGAGCAAUAAGAGACCUUCCCCUCCCCGCUGCAGCCCCCCAUCCCCACAGCCCUGCUCCAUCCUGCUCCCCGUGCAGGGACAUAGCCCCCCACCCAUCCUGUCUCCCCCUGUCCCAUCCCUGGGGCGAGGAUGGUCCUCACAGGCAUUGAGUCUGAGGGGAGGGUGGGGGGGACAAGGGAGGUCCAGGAAAUGCAUCCCAGCAGGAAGAGCUUUUGGUCUGAGUUUUUAGUUUCUUCCCCAAUUUUUUUUUUUAUCAUUUAAAAAAUGCCAUUGGUGGGAUCUUAAAAGUGACCACGUGGCCCCAAGGCUGCAAUUCUCCAACCCCAGGGACUAGGGGACUGUGGCAAUAGCUCCUGUCUUCUCUGCUUGGCCAACAUGACAAAACCAGGAAGGGUUCUGGAAUGUCUCCAUGAUGGGAUCUGCAGAUUUCACCAGCACAAAGUUCUCAGCUGAGAAAUUGUCACUGGUUUUGUAGCUGUUCUUUUUUCUUCUCUUUUCUUUAAGCUGGGCUGAAAAUUUUUCAUGUAAAAAUGCCGUGGCAAGUGUGCCAAAGAUGGAGGGGACUUUCCUGAUCCCGUCCUGACCUACCCCAGCUCCAUGGCCUCAGUGGAAGCUUUUGGUUUUCCAUGUGGAUUUGCCCCGGCCAAGGCCUCCUGAUGGGAACAAAAUGUUUCAGUUUUAGUGAAACAUUCUGCCCUCCUGACCCCCUCCCUGCCUGCCCCUGUGC